UUAUAUUGAAUUCCAGUUAAAUAUAUAUUUGUUAAUUACUUGGAGUACAUAAAGAAUACAAUUUAAAAUGCAAGAUCCUACGAUCAGGCCAAGAAGAAUGAUAGACAUCGAAGCGAAUUGCGUAAAAGCUGUCGCUACAUAUAUGCAAGUCAAAGCAGAGUCGAAUGAUUUUAUCAAGAAGUUUCCAGAUUGGAAUGCAUUGCCACAGUCGUUGGAUAAUCAAUUGAUAUUGGCCGUUCGUGAACGAGAUGCCGCCAAAACUCGAUUGGAAAUCACACGUAAAGAAAAAAAAACCUUUGACAAAGAGAUGAGUAUUAAAUGGAGUGAUCUCAAUCAGAAGAUGAAAACAUUGCAAGAAGACGAACUGAAACAUGAACAGUUUUAUUUAGAAACAGAGAUGAAAUGCGAAAUUCUCGCGAGAAAAACGAAUGAGGACACCGAAGAAAAAAGACGUUACGAAGUCCAAAGUGAACCGAUACAGCAGUCUAUAUUGCAGCUGGAAGAGGCUUCAGAUAAGAUGCAACACAGUGUAGACGAGUUGAAACCGUUCGAGGAUUAUCUUGAAAAAGUAGUGGAGGAAUCCAAUGAAUUUCAAAAUAUUGAUGACGUGAUAAAAAGAUAUGAAAACUUGACAAACAUCAGAAAGGAAUUGGCACAAAAACACGAAAAGAAAACUGCGGACUUGAAACGGUUGACGACCGACGUGUUUAAACGUUCAAAAGAAACGAGCGAAGAGGCCGAGCAUAUUUCCGUGGAAAUGGCAGAAAUUAUUGAAUCGUUGGGAAAAUUGAAGGAUGAGAUGAUAAAAAUCGAUAUGGCAUAUCGGAAAAUUGAAAACGUAGCCAAAGAAAAAAAAAUCGAAGCUGAUGUGGUAGCUGCUUCAGUGUGGAAUAUAUACAAACAGAUGUGUAAACGCGUGAAGAAAUUGGUGCCAAAUAAAAGACCAGAUAUUAAAACUCAGUUAGAUUUUAUUGCUGAGGAGUACCAACAGUUAACCAAAGUAUUAAACAUGGCGGAAAAAAUUAAAGAGAAAACUAAAAAAAAGGUGUUUUUGAGAAACUGAAAAUAGUGUUAAAGUAUAUUUUAUUAAUAAUAUAAAUCCAUGUAUUACUAAUUAGUAAUUAGUAAUUACUAAUACUAAU